AUGGCUAUGAAUAUAUCUACAGUACCCAACUCUAGGCCAGCAAGAUUGGCUAUAAAGGUUUGUCCAACCGAACGUAUGCGUAGUGCUUCUGCGCCAUUUGUCACUUUGGAAGCUUUAUCGAACGCAUUCCAUGCGGAUCCCGAAUUUAUCACGGAGGCGGAAUUAGUUCGUGAGCAGACGAAGUUAUUCAAGAAAAGAGUUCGGGUAAGUGCGGACUGAAU